AUGAACCGCAACCUUCUCAUUGCUCUCAUCGUCUUCACCAUCAUCGCCAGCUUCUGCUACUCGCAGAACUCGUCCCAAAAAGUGGAUAUCUACGACAUCUUCUCGGAUGCUCCUUUGAUGUACACGUCGAAUUCGACGGAAGCACCGUCGUCGGAGGCGACUCCUCCAAUCCUUUGUGUGUUCUUCCGCAACCGCAUCCAUUACGCGAUGGCCAAAGUUGCAUGCGUCAUCUUCCUCGUUUCGGCAUUUUCCACCAUCUGCUGGUGGCGAAUGAAUAACUAA